AGAGAGAGAGAGAGAGAGAGAGAGGUAGAGGAGAGAAAAUGAAUGAUUAGAGGAGUUGCAGGGGUUGUUCUGUGUAGCAGGGAGAUGUCAAGUGGGUGUAGCAUAGUGUGGUUCAGGAGGGAUCUGAGAGUUGAAGAUAACCCUGCUCUCUCAGCUGGCGUGAGAGCUGGUUCAGUGGUUGCAGUCUUUAUAUGGGCGCCUGAAGAAGAGGGUCAUUACUAUCCAGGAAGGGUCUCUAGGUGGUGGCUCAAGCAAAGUCUUACUCAUCUUGAUAGUUCAUUGAGGAGCCUUGGAACUUGCCUCAUAACCAAGAGGUCAUCUGAUAGUGUUUCCUCUCUCUUGGAGGUUGUCAAGUCCACUGGUGCAACCCGCGUCUUCUUUAACCAUCUCUAUGACCCCCUAUCUCUUGUAAGGGAUCAUAGAUCAAAGGAAGUUCUGACCGCUCAAGGAAUAGUGGUCCGUUCAUUUAAUGCGGAUUUGCUCUAUGAACCAUGGGAAAUUCACGACCCAAAUGGGCAACCCUUCACCACUUUUGCAGCAUUUUGGGACAGAUGCCUUAGCAUGCCUUAUGACCCAUCUGCCCCUCUGCUCCCACCCAAAAGAAUAGUCUCAGGUAUUUAAUUGUAUAUAUUUACU